CCGCUCUGCCUCACCUAGCUCACGGCGGUCUCGCUUAGUGCUCAUUUAACUAGUCGACUGUUCCACACCUGUUGAACAAACAGCGCAGGUCGCCCAGAUCGUUGAAAGCCUCUACCGAUCGAAAGUCUGAAGGUCCGCGACUUCGCGCAUGUUUGUUUGUUUUUUUUUUUAUUUUUGUUUUUUUUUUUUUUUGAGCGGAGGGCACGUCUCCGUCACGUGAUUUUAUUCUUUAUUAUUACCGCAAGUCGAACGAAUUUCUUUUACGGAUCGUAAUUCAGAUCCAAAUUUGUAUUUUUCAAUCCGGAUUUUCCGAUUGAUUGCGAAACCGCGAGAAAAAAAAAAAAAACUCGAUGAAGAUCUUUUUCAGCAUCUUAGGAUUUUACAAUGUCAUCGUUUUCCGAAGAGAUAUGUGAAUGUUCGCCGCGAUAACGCUCUGAUAUCGGUAUCUUGAAGACGCGGGCGCGACUUCAUCUUACGCAGACGACAUUGUGCGCGAGGCAUGACAACACGACGUUCGCGGGGGAUUCGGCCUGUUGAAUCAUACCCACGAUGGUGACUGUUGAAGAAAAUUUGAUGCUAUAUUUCUAUAUCGCAUGCGGUAUCACUGCCGGUGCACUUGUAAUACUUUUCACUUUGGUGAUCGUAUUAUUCGUGAAAGUAAAUCGAUUAGCUGAGUAUGGAAUGCUCAAUAGAAGUUCAACGGGCGUGGUUGAAACUGCGAAUUUAUCUAGGUCGAACCAGCUAAACAAUCAGACGCAGAUGAUGUCGGAGUUUUGUUAUACCAAUCCCACGAUAGUGCCGGGAGAAUUGCUCUCACGUCGUGGAUUCUCCAUGUACAGCGGUGCGGACACCGUCGACGACGACUACGGGAAGAACAAGAAUAUCCAUUACGGAACUUAUCAUGAAGCACGAUCGAAAUUCUAAUACAUCGGAAUUUAGGGUGAAAUUUAAUUUCACACGCAAAGUUUCAAUCGAGUCACUGACGCGAAAGAUAUUUGAUAUCUGCGCCACAAUUGAUCAAUUAUAAGAUAAGUCAGAUAGAGUUUAAAUGUUCAAAUCUUUUGUGCAAGUUAUCUAAUUAGUUCUUCACUAAUUAGUAUAUAUAUAUAUAUAUUGUUAUUUCCUUCACGUAUAGUAUGUAAUUUAUUGCAGAAUGUAUAUAACUAAGUGUGUAAGAAGAUUUGUGUUUUCUUAUAAUGACAAUAAUGUAAAUAUGAACUAUAAAGACAACUGUCCAAAAAGUAUAAGAAUCAAGUUUAGUUCUCGUACAAAAUGAAAAAAUUUUCAGCCUUCCGCUGCGACGCAAAACUACAUACGCGUACAUAUGUACUUAGUUAUAUAAUCGAAUAAAGAGAAAUUAGAGUAUAUUGUUUUUUUAUCAAAAAUCAACUUUUUAUCACAUAAUUGCAUUAAACUUCGUUUAUAUAUAUGCAAUAUAUUUGCGAAUCUUUUUGGUAUUGAAACAGAAAGCAAUUAGCCUUGACGAACAAUAAACCUUGAUGAUAUAUAAAAUGAGAUUAUUUAUAGUAGUCAUUAUUUACAAAUUAUAUUAGCGAUAUAAAUACAAGCAGAUUUCCUAUCUGCUUUAUCGGCUACUCAAGUCGCCAACAAAGAUGAGAAUUUACUGUAGAACGUCUAGAUGUCUCUAUUGUGCUUUUACGUCGCAGGGAAAGUAUAUAUAUUUGGUGUUCCGAGAUCAUUUGUAUUUCUUUUUGUGUAAGACUGGAAAAAGACGUAUAUACAGAAUCUUUGCGCACUUAUAACGCGCGAAUUCCAAUAAUAUUUAUCGAAUAAAUAAAAAAAUAAAAAAAAACUGACUGGAAAACCUGGACUAGUAGAGUUAAUGUUUUUGGAAUCAAGUUUUAAUAAUAUAAUGUAAUAGAUAUUUGUGCAAUAAUUUCCAUAUAUACAUACACAAUGAGUAAUGAGCAUAUGAGUAUGUAAUAUAUAUUUAUAUAUAUUUAUAUAUAUAAAUAUAUCUAUUAUAUAUGUAACACGUGUGCGUAUGUAUAAUACUGGUAUUUUUUUAUUCUUAAAAGGAUUUAACAUUAACAUUGGUCUAUAGUCCACAAUUGCAGUCAUGUGCAGAAUACCAAAGAUGUAGAAUCGCGGCGCGAGCGAGACGUUAUCGUGUCUCUUGACAUAAACCUAAUCUAAUUUAAAAAAUUAAGAAACGUCAUAAAAAUUAUACGAACUGAUGAUUGGGAAAAGCAUUUUAUUUCUUUUAUGCGCCGUUUUUUUUUUUUUUUUUCAAUUAGUGUCCAUUGUCGGUCGUAUACUGAUUGAUUAGAAUAAAUCAACGUAUAGAAGAGUAAAAUCUCUUUUUC